GUAUUGUGGGAAUAGAGGAAUCCACAUUACAAGCUUUUCUCACCAGACAAUGGUGUCAGAUUGGAGGAAGUUCUAAAAUGACAUAAUUUCCUGCUAAUAACCGCAAAUUUCAUUCCAAAUCAUACUCUUCCUUUUAUUAUUUUAUUUUCUUCAGUGGAGAAUAGAAAGGUGCCAUUUAUUGCCCAUGGGAAGGUCGGCAGGCUCCGUUCCCUUCUUCCGUUUUAUUUUUUACUCUUGAUAAACAAUAAUAAGUUUGUCAAUUUAAAGGCAAAUGCCAAUUAUUAACAAAUAAAAAAAAUACGUUAGAAAUAUCAUAAUCAAGAUCAAGAAAAGCCCCGUUGGACAAGAGGUAAACAUCCGUGACGUCACACGUCAAUCGUCUUGUGUUAGUUCCUCUUUGUUGAAUAACCAUUUAUUUGGACUGUUACUGCUAAAAUUUGUUAUAAAUGAGAAGAAAAACUGAAGCGAUAACUACCUACAACAUUUAGUGCCUAGGAAUCGUGUGAAGUGUCGAAUCGAUGGCGGUGUGUGUGGCAGUGAUUGGGAAGGAGAAUAGCCCACUGUACGUGUGGGUGGGCAGUGGGCGAGAGGAGCUGCACCUGCACUACUUGGCUCACACAGGACUAGAUGUAAUACAGGAGAAGGUGGCAGCUGUUAGCAAGACUCCCGGAGAUACGCGAGAGUUGUACCUGGGUCUCUUGUAUGCCUCAGAAGAGUACAAGGUCUUUGGCUACACCACCAAUACCAGAGUCAAAUUUGUAAUCAUUACAGAUGCAGCAAACACCACUCUGCGAGACAAUGAAAUCAGAAUGAUGUUCCGACGUCUUCACAACAUGUACACCAAUGUUGUUUGCAAUCCUUUCUAUAUCCCAGGAGAGCAGAUCACUUCCAGAGAAUUUGAUAGAGGUGUUGCAGCACUGGUGGCCGGAAACUAGAGAGUGUUCAUCUUCUGAUUUUAUUUUAGUUGGUAAUAAGUUUUAUACUUAUGUAAUGUUGGUAGUAAUUAAUGAACCAUUUAUACUGUAAAAUAGAAUUCAGAAGCUUAUUAAUCUCCUACCAUGUGUUCUGAAAUAGUAUGUUAAGUACUUUUCUCUAAUGAUAUUAUUGCAUCACACUUUUGGUGUGAAUGCAUUUACCAAUGUCUUUGUGAGUUAUUUGCGAUGUCUUCAUUGAAUUGAAAACCAACAUAUUUUUGUACUAUAUACGUAGCCUCUUCUCCCUUGUAUUGUUCAUUAUAAAAAUGUGUUGGUGACCGAUUGUGAUCAUUGAACUAUAAGGAAAAUUCUCUUUCACAUUUAUAGUUGUAUUCAGUGAAUUAUGGUAAGAUAAAUAAUUAUCCUUCAGUACA